GGUAAUAUUACCCAAGCGCUCCCAGCUUGCACUCAUUGCCUCCUUGUGCAGCCCCCCUGCCCUGCAGCGCAGUGUCCAGGCACCGAGAGUCUGCAAGGUGUGCUAACCGAGAUUGUACCCACCAUGAACAAUCUGUUGUACUUGGCCGUGGCUCUCACCGUUUGUGAACUGCUCAGCGCUGGAGCAGAAGUGGUGAAACCGGUGGAAGAAGAACUUCUGACAGACACAAACAAAAAAGUCAACGAGCUGUGGAUAAACCUUCUCAAUAUGAAGCCGACGGAUAAUGACGGGAUUGCCUACGCAACCUGUAGUCUAAGUCCUAGUUCCAAACUGGAACCAUCAGAGGUAAAAGUGACAGGACUUGUGCUGUUUAAGCAGGUUUUUCCUAGCGGCACGCUCGAAGCCAUUUUUGAUUUAGAAGGGUUUCCAACUGAUGCCAAUCAGUCAGCAAGAGCUAUUCACAUCCACACAUACGGCGAUCUAACCAAUGGAUGCGACUCUGCCGGUGGCCACUAUAACCCUAUGUCUGUAGACCACCCACAGCAUCCUGGUGAUUUUGGCAAUUUCCGUGUCAGGGAUGGAAAGAUCCAAAAAUUUUUUGCAAAUCUUGAUGCCACUCUCUUUGGUCCAUUCUCUGUCAUCGGCAGAUCAGUUGUGGUCCACAAACAAGCAGAUGAUCUUGGCAAAGGGAACAAUCAGGCCAGUUUGGAGAAUGGAAAUGCAGGGAAACGCCUGGCUUGUUGCAUUAUUGGAUCCAGCAGUAAAAAUAACUGGGAAAAGUAUGCCCAAGACAGUGCAGCACCAAGGAACCUCAGGUUUUCCAGACGGGUAAAAAAUGGUUAAUCUUCGAUGAACUCCAGAAGUCUAGCUGUUAUGUUAGCACACUGACUUGCGCUCUCUGCCUAAUCUUUUUCCAGUGUCCCAAUAGAUCUGUCAUCGACACCAGUGUAAAUAUAUUCACUCCAUUACUGUUCAGCAUAGCCAGUCGGUCUAUAAAAUACCUACAAAUUAUCAGGAGGGGGUUCAUAUUGUUAUUACACCACAAAAGAAGCCUUUGUCACUUAUCUUGGGUAAACUGUAUCACAUGUAAUCACUUUCAAAUAAAAAUUGCCUUUACCAAUACAGCA